AUGUGCUUACGAACGAUGUGCCAUUACACUUUCUGUGAUCAAACGCCAUACUCCUGGAUUAUACAAUCAUGCCAGCCUCUUGGAAUUUGCGAAAGGAUACUCACUGAGGGAUUUUCUCUUCCCGACUUCUGCCCCGAAUGUUACAUGGUGGCAGAUCCCAUGACAUCCCUUCCCAAUCAAGUUACAGUUAAAAAGCUCGGCACAGAGUAUGAGUUUGAUCAACGUUAUUUCGAAGACUCCAACUUACGGGAGAAAGCUAGUGCUGCGUUGAAUCGAGCGCAUGCCUUCAUACACAUGAACUUUGAGCCAAAUGUCAGAGACGAUCUUGAUAUCUUUUGUUCCAACAAGCGACUCAACCUCGACGUUUAUAAUCAUCUUUACCUCCUCGUUUUCCAACAACUUUUACCUCAUCUUUGGCUCACUGUUAGAGCUGGUCGUGCACAGGAAAUACCCCGAGAGCAUAGAAUUAUAAUAUUGCAGCUAAGGCAGGCUGUACUUCGGGAUCUUGCGUUUAACUAUGCAGAGAGCACCUACAAGGAGAACAAAGAGGAAGGAAAAUGGAGACAAGCGAUGGGUGCGGAUGCCCCACUCAUUGCAGAAGUUUGCGUUAAUCCUUCAACUGAUAGAUGCAUGAUAUGCCUGGAAUCGCUGAAUAGCGAGCCGUGUCUAAAAUUGAAGUGUAACCACACGUACCACGAAGCUUGUCUUGUACAGAUGGUCGAGUUCAAGGGAUGCGCCAUCUGCAGAGAUGAAUGCCGUGGUCCAUUGCCUGAUAUAUCAGUAGAGAAUGAUGGCCCAUGGCCUGAGUGGUUACAAGCGAUCGCUCCUUUUCAACGCCCACGAGUAGAGGAAGAGCUUCUUGCGCAACCUCCUCUUACAGACAUUGAAAUAAGUGGAUUAGAGGCAGCUCUCAUACAGACUCAAGAAAGAACUGCAGAGUUGUACGAGAGUGUGUUGCGUAAUCAACAAGAUCUUUCGAAUGCCAGAUUCAAAGCGGAAAGAAUUGAGUACGAAAUGACAGAAGGAGCGUCGAAUAUAAGUGGGCGUGAGUGGGACACACACAAUAGUCGAAUGAUUGCUGGAUUUGGCACGGGAAGGGAAUCGCCAAGGGACGCAUACAAGCGCUAUUCCCAAAUGCUCUACUCGAAAAGGUUGGAGGUAAUGGAUUGGGAGUUCGAUCAUAUAAAAAGCCUUAUGGAAUACAACAAGCUACCUUCUGAUCCCACCGAAGAGCUCAAUCAUAGGAUAUAUCGACAGAAAGAGUGGGUAGGUGCGCGAUUUCUAUAUUAUACUCAGCAAAGAAAACAGUUAAUAGGACAGGCAUUGGAAAGUGUUUACUUCAAUAUUCUUCCCCAUAAAGACACGUGGAAUCAUCGCCAUCGGAGGGAGGAGGAAGGCGAAGCAGAGGAAAAGUUGAGUCAAUCUGAACACCUCUGGAGACAAAGCAUAGUUGCGCGGGAUGACGCUAAAGAUAGAUUGGACUUUGCUCUAUAUCACAAGUCUUUGUAUGAAUCCAAUAACUAA